CCUAAAGCACUUUUUUUUCUCCGGGGUCGUGAGGCAAAAUAAUCAACUAUUACGGAAGAGAUACCAUAGCAACAAUGAAACGCGAUGCAGCGAUUGGAUAAUUUCCUCAUAGACUCGAGGCCUAAAAAAAUACGUAAUCUGCAAGGAAUUUCAAUGUUCUACGGCGGCUAUCGAGGGACAUAAGUGGUCCACUGUAAUUAGUAUUUGGCCCAUAUUUACAAAACGGAGCCUCGGUGUUCGGUUGUGGUAGCACCUGGUUAUGCAAUAAACAUGAGCGCCAAGAGAAAACAAGAGUUAUAUGAUCCCCUGCUCACAUGGAUGCAUACGUUCCAGGUCUCUGGUCCAUGCAACUCGUAUGAGGAUCUGACAGGUGGUGUUGCAAUUGCACAAGUUCUUAAUAGAAUAGACCCAUCUUGGUUUAAUGAUGCAUGGCUCAUGAGGAUAAAGCUGGAUACAGCAGAGAAUUGGAGACUGAAGGUCAGCAAUCUGAAAAGAAUUUUGCAAAGUGUGCUGGAGUAUUACCAGGAUGUAUUGGCUCAUCCAGUUUCUGAUGACCACAUCCCAGACGUUGCUCUUAUUGGGGAAUUUUCAAAUACUUUGGAAUUGAGAAAGAUGGUGCAACUGGUGCUAGGAUGUGCCAUCAGCUGUGAUAAAAAGGAAGAGCACAUCCAGCAGAUUAUGACCUUGGGGGAGUCUGUACAGCAGGCAGUGAUGGAAUCCAUACAGGAGCUAUUAAGCAAGGACCCUGCGGAUACUGUGACUAGUGACCACUAUGGAAACUAUGACAGCCAAUCUCGCAAAUAUUACUUCAUAAGCGAAGAUACGGAUGAAAAAAGUGAGCUCAUGCAACGCUGCCAUGACUUAGAACAGCAGGUGACUGCGCUCCUGGAAGAGAAGCGGAAUCUGAUAUCUGAAAACAAAAUGCUCCGGGAGCCAGAGGAUGAGUCUAGUGGCAGCCUAGGAACCCCCCAGUUGUUCAACAAAAAGUUGCUCCUGUUACAAAGUCAGAUAGAACAACUGCAGGAGGAGAAUUACAGGCUGGAGAGUGCUAGAGAUGAUUAUAGACAGCGGUGCCAGGAACUAGACAGGGAAGUGCAGGAAUUACAACAACGGAACCACGACUUGACAGGAUUAGCACAUGAAGCCCAGUCAUUACGGGACGAGAUGGAUGUGCUUAGGCACUCUUCAGACAGAGUGGGGAAACUGGAGUCUCUAGUGGAGUCAUACAAGAAAAAGCUUGAGGAUCUGGGUGACUUGAGGCGUCAAGUAAAGCUGCUAGAGGAGAGAAACACGGUCUACAUGCAGCGCACCUGUCAGCUGGAGGAAGAGCUUCAUAAGGCCAACGCCUCCCGUGGACAAGUGGAGACACUUACUCGUCAGAUUCAAGAUUUGCAUAAGAAGCACUCAACUGAGUCUCUGCGAGCUGAGAAAUGGCAGUUUGAAUUCCAGACACUAAAGGAAAAGUUUGAUGCUUUGCAGAAGGAGAGAGAGCGCCUUAUUUCUGAACGGGAUUCUCUUCGUGAGACUAAUGAUGAGCUGCGCUGCUCCCACCUGCAUCAAACAUGUCUAGUCCAAGGAGAUGUUCUGCUGACUGGACCGUCAACCCCAGUGGAGAAUUUGGCAGCGGAGAUUGUACCCGCAGAACUGCGGGAGACUGUAAUGCGCCUUCAGCAGGAGAAUAAAAUGCUGUGUGUCCAGGAGGCCUCUUACCAGGAGCGUCUAUGUGAGCUGCAGACAUUGCUGGAAGAAUCAAACCGAGGCCGAAACAGACUGGAGAGUGAAAACAGGCUAAAUCAGCAGCAGAUACAAGAUUUAAGAGCCCAGGUUGAAGAACUGCAAAGAGCGCUCCGGGAGCAGGGGAGCCGCACAGAGGAUUCAUCACUCCUGAAAAGGAAACUGAAUGAGCACCUGGAAAUGUUACAUGAUGCUCACUCUGAACUCCAAAAGAAGAGAGAAUAUAUUGAAAAUCUGGAGCCCAAACCUGACCUAAACAUGUCCCGGAAGGUGGAUGAGUUACAGCAAAUCUUGCGUCAGAAGGAUGAGGACAUGCGAGCAAUGGAGGAGAGGUACAAGCGAUAUGUGGAGAAGGCACGAACAGUUAUUAAAACUCUAGAACCCAAGCAACAAAGUUACAUCCCUCCUGAGAUCCAGGCUUUAAAGAACCAACUGCAAGAGAAGGAGACGCGUAUCCGACAUCUAGAGAAUGACUAUGAGAAGACAAAACUGCAACGGGAUCAAGAAGAGAAGCUGAUUAUUAGUGCCUGGUACAAUAUGGGUAUGACCCUUCACCAGAAGGCGACUGAUGAAAGAAGUCAGGCUCCCAGUGGUGCACAGUCCUUCCUGGCACAGCAGAGACUGGCCACUAGUGCCCGGCGUGGACUGCAUUCUCGCUCUCACUCCAUGCUCUUACGUUACUCUCCUUCCGACAAGCAACAGAGCUCUUCGUGAUUUGCGUUUGAGGUGGAGAUAUACAGGAGAAUAUGGUGUGAUGGGAAUGUGAACGAUGCAAAGGAAUAACUUAAGCAUAUAGCCCUACAGGAGAACUGUGACCUGAAGCGGUGACUUAUUUAAUGAGUUUACACAGCUAUGGUACUAUUUGUCAGCUAAGCCGUCUGCUUACAGUGAUACAGAAGCUAAAUGGUGUUAUUUAUCCUUUAAAUAUGUCACUGAUAAUCACAAACAAGUGGAUUGUCUGCCUUUUUAACCUAUUCACUGCCAAAAGGUGGGACUGCAACCCAGAAAUACAUUGCACCUCUUUCUGGUAUCCAAGGGGGUUAACUUUUUGCUGCCUUUCACUCCUCUUUAGAUUGUUAAACACCCCUGCACCUUUGUAUCCACAGACAAUCGAAUUGUGCUACACUUGCCUUUUUUAGCAUAAUACGUAGCCUUAUUAUUUUCACUCUACCUUCCUCACCAACCACCUAAGAAAUUCCAAGCCAUUUAAAUCUUUUUAAUGAACUUUUAUUAUUUUUUCAAAAAAGCUAAUAUUUAUUUUUUUUGUGGGUAUUUUUAAAUGCCAAGAAACUUUUUAUGUUUUUAGAAAAAUCUGUCCACAUAAGAAGAUCACAAACUCAAUUAUAUAACUAAUAAAAUGUAGUGAAUACUUUUUUACAGAGAAAACACAGAAUGUUUUAAAGGUAUGAUAGUAUUAGAGCUAUACAAUAGUGUUUUAGAAUUUCCGUUUAGUAAGAAAGUACUGAUUCUUGCUCAGAAGUACAGGCCUUAUGCAAUGAUUAUCAUAUUUAUAGCCUUUAGCUUUUUAUGUGUGUAUAUUCUACACAAAUAAUACACCAAAUAUAUUUUGUGUAAUCCCCUUUUUGCAGAGCAUUGCUCAUCUCUUUUUGUUGUUGUUUAUUUCAGGAGCACAUACCUAGUUGGAUUUUCUAGCUAUGUUACGUUCUCGGAUGUCAUAUGCAUUGAGUAGCAGCCCUUUGGCAACUAAAGGGUUAGUGUGCUUAGUUGUGUAAUAUGGGAUCUUGAGCUGCCCAGUCACAAGGGGGGGGGGGGGGGGGAAGGGUAAUUAACAUGAAUUGUUUUUGGUUUUUUUGUUAAUGGUUUCCUUUGCUCUCAAGCCUGUUUUAUCUUGUCAUAGCGAUUAAAUCAUGGGGCAUAUAUGUGCAAUAAGUAGAUAUUUGUGAAAUUGUAAUUUUACCAUUAUCAUUUUGCUGGAAUGUGGUUUUAUUUACAGAAGAUGCAGUGUUUCUACUGCAGUAGUAUAACGUUAUUUUCUACAGAGUAGACUGGCUGUUUGUUUUUGUUUUUUUUUGUCCAAGUAGGAGCAUGGACGAAAUUUUAGCUAAUACAGUGCAUGGUUUGUUUUUAAGGACCCCAGGAAGAAAUGCACAUUUGAAAUAACAAGUGCCUGAGCAACCAUUGUAAUUUGUGUGUUACUGAAAACACUGUCUGUUUCUUAGCUUUUUCCAAGUCAUUCUGUGCUUUGUGAAGAGCAAGUUACAACUAUGCACUUGCAAUACAACAACAAUAGAAGUUAGCAGAACAAGAUGUUUCAGUUUUACGCAGUUCAUGAUUCAUUUUGUUAAUUGUCCAUUUUCAUUUUUGAUGUAACUAGGAGGUGAGAUUUUAUUACUUUUUUAGCUUUUGUCUCUCAUACCGUAUUUUAUCCUUUGACCUAUAUUUAUAUUUUCUGCUUAAUGGGUACUUGUACAAUUGAUGGCAUUGCAGUUCCACAUGUAAAAUUCUCUUGGAACAUUUACCUUUUUUUUUUUUUUUGGAGCACUUGAGUCUCUAAGUAAAUUAUGUGAUUGAUCUUAUAAUUGGUAUUAGUUGCAGUAUUCAUACUUUUUUUUUUUUUUUUUCUUUAAAACAUUUGCUUUUAACAGGGCAGAAUUUUUUUUUAUAUUAUUUUGCUCUUUCUUUCUCUAACUUGCACUCUGCUACUCUCGAACUUGGUUUGUCCCACUCUCUUGUGCUUUCUUCUACAUUCUUAUGCUCCAUUUUACCCCUACAUUAUCUUGCGCUCUCUCUCACAUUAUCUCGCUCUCUCUUUCUGCUAUAUUAUCUUGCUCUCUUUCUGCUACAUUAUCUCGCUCUCUUUCUGCUACAUUAUCUCGCUCUCAUUCUGCUACAUUAUCUCACUCUUUCUUCUACAAUAUCUCACUCUUCUACAUUAUCUCACUCUCUGCUACAUUAUCUUGCACUCUCUUCUACAUUAUCUCGCACUCUUUCUUCUACAUUAUCUCACUCAAACUUUUUUACAUUAUCUCACUCUCUCUUUCUUCUACAUUAUCUCGCACUCUCUUCUACAUUAUCUCGCACUCUCUCUUCUACAUUAUCUCGCACUCUCUCUUCUACAUUAUCUCACUCGCACUCUCUUCUACAUUAUCUCGCUCUCUCUGCUACAUUAUCUGGCUCUCUCUUUCUGCUACAUUAUCUCGCACUCUCUUCUUCAACAUUAUCUCGCUCACUCUUUUUUCUACAUUAUCUCACACUCUUUCUUCUACAUUAACUUGCUCUCUCCUACAUUAUCUCGCUCACUCUUUCUUCUACAUUAUCCCGCUCACUUUUUCGUCUACAUUAUCUCGCUCUCUUCUACAUUAUCUCGCUCACUCUUUUUUCUACAUUAUCUCGCUCUCUUUCUUCUACAUUAACUUGCUCUCUCCUACAUUAUCCCGCUCACUUUUUCGUCUACAUUAUCUCGCUCUCUUCUACAUUAUCUCGCUCUCUCUUUCUCUUACCCUUUGUUUUUCUUACUCUCAACUUUCUCCUUGUCCAGUAAAUAUUGCAACUAGUGCUAUGUCCAGUGUUAACAACUAUGAUGUUGGCUUGAGUUUGUUUUAUAAAACAUCCUUUUUAAUGUUUUAUUCUUUAUGAAUAGUGGAGACCCUAUGUCAUAUAUUUCUGUCUAUUUGUAUAGCAAUCUCCAGCAAGAAAUCAGUAGUGUCCUUGGUGCUCUGUAUUUUUAUAAUUAAAAUGUCCAAAGUUUUGAUUUCUUUUCUUUUUUUUUCUUUUUUUUUUUUUUUUUAAAGAAAUUUUAACUCUAAAAGUAGUUCUCAUUUUAAAAUGGGUUUGAAAUGCUGAUUUAUUAAUCAAUAAAUACUCACCAAUGCUGCCAUUGUAAUGGUUGUCAACUUUUAUACACUACAAAAUAAAGUCUUAUUUCUCUUUUUAUUA